CUGGCCCUUCUAAGGUUGGCGCGGGGGCUUCACUGUUAGUCGGGUGGAGCCGGAGCGCAGGGCCAGGCCGGAGCGGCCCCAAGUGACCUGGGCGUGCCGGAGAAACGAGAUGGGCCGGCGGGCGUCCCUCAUGCGGCCGCCGGACAGGGGCAGGGAACUGAUGUAAUCGGGAUCUCUCCGGCCUCGGGGACAGGGAAGGCUGGUCCAGUCAGAGUCCGCCUACAGCAGCGCCCGGCUGGGUCUGAGCUUGUCGGAGGCUCUCCUGCUUCAGAGCUGGCAGGGUGGUGGCCAAGAGCCUCCUGGCACAGAGGCACCAGGCAGGUGGCGCCUAUUGCAACGCAGAUGUCAUCCUAGCUCCAGACGCGGACACGUUUUCUUCCAAUGCAUCCUCACAAGGAAGGGCUUGCUGUUUUUCCAGAUGUCUACAGAUGAGGAAACUGAGGCUUGGAAAUGUUAAGGAGGCCUGUUCAUAGUCCGACAGCAGCAGACUGGAAGGCUACCCUUGAAAAGAAUAGGUUGAAUUCUGAAAAAGAUCGAGUGUGGGAUGAACUCUCCCACCAUGUGGAAGUGAAACAAUGUGUACAGGAGGAGCCACCCUGUUUGGUGUCAUUAGGAAAAGUGCAAGAUCAGAGCAACCAGUUAAGGGAACACCAGGAGAACUCCUUGAGGUUGACGGUACUCACCUCAAAGAGACUGUUUGCUCAAAGGAAACAUUGUGAGCUUGAACGUGGGGGAAGUUAUUCUCUACCUUCUGCUUUAAGCCUUCUACCUACAACAUUACCUACAAGUACAGGUUUCCAUAAGCCCAACUCACAGGUUAAACAGUUGAAAAGAAAUUCAGUUUUCAUUAAUCAUGAGAGAAAUGGAGUAGAUUGGAAGCACUGUGAAAAUCAUCAGCGUGCUAGAGCCUUCUGUCGGAGCAUUUACUUGAGUAAACUUGCAAACAUUGAAACAGGAAAUAAAAACCCUUAUGAAUAUAUUGUCAGUAGUGACUCUCUCAACUAUGAUUCCUCCCUUUGUUUUCAUGGUAGAAUUUUUUCAGUAAAGAAAAGUAAUAACUGUAAGGAUUGUGGAAACCCCUUCUGUCACAGUGUGUCUCUGAAUGAACACAAGCCAGUGCAUUUUGGAAAAAGUGAGUAUGAAUGUGAUGAGUGCAGGGAAGCCUGUUCUGAGAGUCUGUGCCUUGUACAAACAGAAGUAAGUGACCCUGGAGAGUCCCCCUUCAGAUGUGAGGAAGGCUGUGCUGCCUUCCCCUUGGCCUCAUCUUUUUCUGACUGUAACAUCGUUGAGACUGCAGAGAAGCCAUUUAUGUGUAAUCAGUGUGGAAAGUCUUUCAGCUGUUGUUCUAAGCUCAUUGUACACCAGAGAACACACACUGGAGAAAAGCCCUUUGAAUGUACACAGUGUGAGAAAUCUUUUAGCCAAAGCUAUGACCUCGUUAUACAUCAGAGGACACACACAGGAGAGAAACCCCAUGAGUGCAGCCUGUGUGGGAAAUCCUUUACCCAGAGUUCCAAACUUAUUAGGCAUCAGCGAAUUCACACUGGAGAAAAACCGUAUCAUUGUAUUGAAUGUGGAAAAUCCUUCAGGUGGAACUCUAACCUCAUUGUACAUCAGAGAAUUCAUACUGGAGAGAAACCGUACAAGUGUACUCACUGUGGAAGGUCCUUCAGCCAAAGCUCUGACUUUGUUGCUCAUAAAAGAACUCACACUGGAGAAAAGCCCUAUGAAUGUAACUGGUGUGAAAAAGCCUUCAUUCGAAGCACUCAGCUCAUCAGGCAUCUGCGAAUUCAUACUGGGGAGAAGCCAUACAAAUGCAAUCAGUGUGAUAAAGCCUUUACUGGGAGCUCCCACCUUGUGGAGCAUCAGAGAACUCACACUGGAGAGAAACCUUUUGAAUGCAGUCAGUGUGGGAAAGCCUUCACAGGGAGCUCUCACCUUCUUUCCCAUCAGAGAAUUCAUUCUGGAGAGAAACCCUACAAAUGUAGUGACUGUGGGAAAUCCUUUCGGCAGCAAUCUCAGCUUGUUGUGCAUCAGCGGACACACACUGGAGAGAAACCUAAUGAAUGCAGUCAUUGUGGAAAAGCUUUCAGCCAGAGGUCUCCCCUCAUUGUGCACCAGAGGACGCAUGUCGGUGAGAAGCCCUAUCAGUGUGACAUGUGUAUUAAGGCCUUCAGCCAGCGGUCGCGACUUAUUGAACAUCAGAGAACGCAUACUGGAGAAAAGCCCUAUGAAUGCAUUGAUUGUGGGAAAGCGUUCAAUGAUCGCUCAACCCUUACUAAACACGAGAGGACACACACUGGAGAUAAACCCUAUGAAUGUGAGCACUGUGAGAAAGCCUUUAGCCAGCGGUGUCAACUUACUAGGCAUCAGAGAAUUCAUACUGGAGAGAAGCCCUAUGAAUGUAACAAAUGUGGAAAACUUUCCAGUUAUAAUACUUCCCUUAUUCAAUAUGAUAAAGCUCACAGGUGAGAAACCCUGUAAAUAACCAAGACAGGGCCAGACUCAGUGGCCAACACCUGUAAUCCAAGCACUUUGGGAGGCUGAGCCUGGUGGAUUGCUUGAGCCUAGGUGUUUGAGACCAGCCUGGGUAACAUGGCAAAAUCCUGUCUCUACAAAAAAUACAAAAAUUAGCCAAGCGUGGUGGUGCAUACCUGUAGUCCCAGGUACUCAGAAAGCUGAGGUGGGAGGAUCACUUGAGCUCCAGAAGUGGAGGUUGCAGUGAGCUGUGAUCAUGCCACUGCACUGCUGCCUAUGAGAGAGUGAUAAUAGAUAAUAACCAAGAUGGGAAAUUUUCCUGCCAGACCCUCUUUACUAGAAAUCAGGUGGCCAGAACAUGACUCUCAGAGUAGGGCUUCAUGACCAUGUGUAUCAGAAUUGCCUUUUCUUGAGAUGUACAGGUACAAAUUAAAAAAAAAAAAAAAAGAAUUGCCUAGAGUGAGCACUGAAACUGUGUAUUCCCAAGCUCACUCUAGCCAAAUAAAUAAAAGUAUCUGGCAGUAAAA